AAAUUAGAAAGGAAGCUGAAUCCUGUUGGCUGCGGCAUUCAAUAAUUAUUGGUCAUCUUCCUCCCUGUCCAGCGCACCCACAAAAAUUAAAAGCAUGAUGGGGACAGGAAGUGUGAAGAUGUGGCGUUGGUGGGUACGCUUCCAAGUAGAUGACCCGAAAGAGGCAGGCAAUAACGGAACUUUCGCGAAGGAUAAUCGUGAAAAGGAACAGGACAGUUGAAUCUGAGUCUAGCCAGGGCGGCAUCCUUUUUCUCUUCGUUGGACUUUCCUUCCGCAACCACCCUGCUGGAGCUUCGUUGGACUACCCUUCGCCUCCAGAAGCCCACCCUUUCCUUUUUAGCUUAGGUGCCAUCGGAGACCAUUUUGCGAUUUAUCAGGGAAAGGAAGGGGAAACAGCGGGUGCUCAGAAAGAGAGAUGGGGCUGUGGCUGCUGGCUUUGGAUUGUGCGGAGCUUCUCCUGAGCUCCGCGGUUCACAUGAUGUACGGCAUGUACAUUUUCAGUGCGGCUAUUGCCUCCGACAUAGAUCGCUUAAUGACCCCUAGCAGCGGCAGGGUGGUUGGGACUAGCAGCAGAUUGAGGUGGAUUUCUCCUAAUCCUCCUCCGUCGGACAGGGUGAAGGAGGAGAAUGCCGAUCAUCGCUCAAAGUUUCCGCGAGGACCCAACGACGUCCACACUAAUCGGAAACCAAAAGAAAAUCUGCCUCCUAUCGUACUUGUGCACGGAAUUUUUGGUUUCGGGAAGGGGAGAUUGGGCGGUCUCUCCUAUUUUGCCGGCGCGGAGACGAAGGACGAGUACGUGCUCGUGCCCGAUCUUGGGUCGUUGACAAGCAUCUACGACCGGGCACGAGAGCUCUUUUAUUACCUCAAAGGAGGGCAAGUUGAUUAUGGAGAAGAACACAGUAAGAUCUGCGGUCAUUGCCAAUUCGGUAGAGUAUACAGUCGAGGGAACUACGAGGCAUGGGACGAGCAACAUCCUGUCCAUUUUGUAGGCCACUCGGCAGGGGUGCAGGUUGUCCGGGUGUUACAGCAGCUGCUCGCGGAGAAGGCCUUCAAGGGGUACGAGGACACUUCCGCAGAUUGGGUAUUGAGCAUCACUUCUUUGUCCGGUGCCCUCAACGGAACAACCAGGACCUACAUGGAUGGAAUGCAGCCCGAAGACGGGAGAUGGAUGAAACGUUUGUGCCUCCUCCAACUAUGCCGUGUUGGUGUGAUCCUAUAUGAGUGGUUGGAUAUUCCGUGGCUGAAAAGGUAUUAUAGCUUUGGUUUCGAUCAUUUCCGCAUGGGAUGGUCGAGCCUGGGCAUCUCUGGACUCAUCGACUCCCUGCUAGCCAACAACGGGGGAGGGCCGUUCGCUUCGGGAGACUGGAUCUUGCCUGAUCUCACCCUUCAGGGAUCCAUGCAACUCAAUGCAGCACUGAAUACCUUCCCCAAUACCUUCUACUUCAGCUACGCCACAAAACGUACCACCAAGGUGAUGGGCACCACCGUCCCGUCUAGCAUAUUAGGAAUACAUCCGCUACUGUUCAUUAGAGUCCUCCAGAUGACAAGAUGGCGCCAUCCUCCCAAUGUCCCAUCUCCCUACAAGGGGUACAGAGACGAGGAUUGGCAUGACAACGAUGGAGCAGUCAACACGAUAUCCAUGACGCACCCUCGCAUACCGGUAGAGCAUCCUAGCCAAUUCGUUGCAGACGAUCAGCACCAUCCCCUUAGGCCAGGCAUAUGGUACUACAAGAUUGUGGAAGCGGACCACAUCCUCUUCAUUGUAAAUCGGGAGAGAGCUGGUGCCCAGUUUGACGUCAUCUACGAUAGCAUCUUCGAGCGGUGCAGGAAGCAUAUCACCAGGACGACGAUAUGCAUUCAGUGAGGACAGCAACUUGGCAUAAUCAUGUUCACGGCCUGAAAUGCCCCACCUCCUUAUUGCAGACACAGACGGCCGCUAGCGGGUGGACAGAGUGCGUGGGAGGAGGUAGCCGCCCGUCGUGCAUUACCUUACCUACUACGAGCAGCGAGGCGUUGGGGGGGCAUCUGGUGACGUGGACUUUGUCCUCCUCGCGCGAUAGACAACAGAAAUGGGCUAGGCGGGAGGAGGGCCCUCAGCCAUAGGUGAUAAACCCACCAACAAGAGAGUCCAGCCAUUUCACACCACCUGCGCAGCCUCAGGUCUCUCGUGUCCUCCUGCUGAAAAGUUGAAGAUGCAGUCGUUUGUGAAGAAGGUGCUGAGGGUGCAACAAGAAGGGGCAGGCAAGUUUCAUGUAUUUCCUGGGGGAUCGAGGUUGGUCGCAGGGGACACUAUUUGCAGUUUUCCAGCCCAAUGGUUUUCCAAGACAUUAGCUUUAGUUGAUUGUACAUGCUGAGGUGCAUCAAGAAGUACGACCUGAACUGCAUCAACAUAGAAUGUUUAUGCAAUCGGUAAUUUUACACACAAGAUGAGUCUGAUGGUGGUAACGAAACAUACUGAACAGUUAAAUAUAAAAAGAGACAGAAAAAGGAUCUCUUUCAUUUUUUCGACAAAGUUCAGUUCUCUUCUGGUAGAGAAAGGUGAGCGGAAAAGAAAUGGUGAUCUUGAGUCUUCUAAAAUAACACCAUGUCUGAACCCAUCACCAUUACAUAGCAAAGUCUGAAUCUAUCAUAGUUAUAGCUUUAAACAUAAUACAGAAAUUGACAUUCCUGUCGUAGGCUCCCCGUCGUUGCCACCAAAGCAAUCACAUUAGAUCGCGCUAGGAAGCAUAGCUUU